AUGCUCCUCCCAUCCUCCCUCACGACCAUCACCGCCCUCCUCGCCCUCCCCGCCGCCGUCCGUGCCGUCUUCAAGGAUGAGGUCGGCGACGUCGACUUCCACUACGAGCUGCUCGGCCUCCCACAGCGCGAAACCACAUUCUUCCACCGCCCGCGGCCCGAAGAUAAGGCCAGCUUGUUGUAUACACUCAGUGAUGUCGGUGUCCUCGGCGCUGUCAACCCCAGCAGCGGCAGCGUGGUGUGGAGGCAGCUCGUCGGUGAUAUAAAUGCGACCGCGACCACGAAUGGUGGUGGGCACCUCAGGGCCGGCGACGGGGAGAGCUGGGUUGCUGGCGCCUUUGGCAGCGCCGUGCACGCCUGGGAGGCCGUCAGCGGCCGGAACGUCUGGUGGAGGGAGUUUGCCGGGGAGGUCAAGGAUCUCGAGGUCAUGGAGGUGACUGAGAAGGGCCGCAAGGAUGUGCUGGCACUACACCACGAGGACGGGUCCACCACCCUGAGGAGGCUCAACAGCGCCGACGGCAGCGUGGUCUGGGAGUUCAAGGAGACGAGCAAGGACCUUCCCCUGCAGGUCAGCACCAACGUCGAGAAGGUCUUCGUCAUCAGCCUGCACGGGAACCUCUUGUCAUACAGCCUCAAGGUCACCAUUCUCGACACCCUGACGGGCAAGCGCCUGGACGAGAUCAGCAUCGGCACCAAGGGCGACGUCAACAGCGAGAAGGACGUCAUGUUCGUGGGCGCCAACUCGGCCGCGCCCAUCGUCGCCUGGGCCGACGAGUCUCUGACCAAGCUCCGGGUCAAUGUCCUCGGCACCCGCAACACCCAGGAGUUCCCGCUGGUCGCCGACACCACCUCGGUCGAGAUCCACGCGCCCCACCUGGCGCAGUCGCAGCCGCACUUCCUCGUCCUCAGCCGCACAAAGGUCGGCACCAAGGCCGAGAUCUUCCACGUCGACCUCAAGAGCAACGCCAUCAAGCGCGCCCACGAGCUGCCUCACCUCGCCGGCCCCGGUGCCGUCUCCACGACCUCCGACGGCGCCAACGUCUACUUCACCCGCAUCACCGAGAAUGAGAUGACUCUGGUGUCCUCUGGCUCGCACGGCGUCCUUGCCCGCUGGGAUGUCAAGACUGGCAACUACAAGGCAGGCGCGGUGCAUGCCGUGUCCGAGGUCAUCAAGAAGCCAGGGGAUGAGUUUGCCGUUCGCUCGGCGCUUGUCACUGAUGCCGACGACUGGGUACUACUCCAGAACGGCAACCUGGGCUGGUCCCGCCCCGAGGGUCUCAGUGCCGCUGUCGCUGCCGCCUGGGCUGAGAUCCCCGAGUCCGAGGAUCUCGUCAAGACCCUCGAGGCAGAGGCCCAUGAUAGCCCUAUCUCUGCUUAUAUCCACCGCGUGACCAGGCAUUUCGAUGAUCUGCAGUACUUGCCCGGCUUCCUUUCCUCUAUUCCCGAGCGCCUGUUGGCCAGCAUCAUCGGCACCGAGACUUCCAGGAAGAACACGCUCUCUCGGGAUACAUUCGGCUUCAACAAGAUCAUCGUGCUCGCCACUAGGAGGGGUAGGCUGUAUGGGCUUAACGCUGGUGACCAUGGGAAGAUGAUCUGGACGCACAAGGCUUACGACCUUGCACCUGGGGAGACCUGGGAUGUCAAGGGUAUUGAUGUCAAUGAUGUCAAGGGCCUUGUCACUGUCCGUGCCUCAACAGGUGACCAUGUUAUUGCCAAGACAGACACCGGCAAGAUCAUUGAGACCACAUUGCCUGGUUCUCGGCCACCUGUACUAAGCACGGUCAAGGUCGACACGCCUUCUGGAAAGUUCCUGCUUUCUGUUGGUGCUGACGGCCAGGUCGGUGACAUCCCCGCCGCUCUGGCGCCGAAGCAAACCGUUGUCGUCCAAGCUGCCGGUGGGGAACUCAAGGGUCUGAGAUUCGUCGUUGAUGGUGCCGAAGCCCACGAGGAGACCGCAUGGACCUUUUCGGCUCCCGGAUCCCAGCGAAUCGUCGACAUUGCGACCCGCUCACCACACGACCCCGUCGCGUCGAUUGGCCGUGUCCUUGGAGAUCGAACUGUCAAAUACAAGUACCUGAACCCCAACACGGCAGUUGUCGCCACCGUCGACGACGCUGCUUCAACUUUCACGACCUAUCUGCUGGACACCGUCUCCGGCGAGCUCCUCUAUUCCGCCACGCAAGAGGGCGCUGACACGAGCAAGGCCGCGGACUGCGCCAUAUCCGAGAACUGGUUCGUCUGCUCCUUUUUCGGCCAGUACGAGCUCCGAGACAUCACCGGCCAGAGCCUGAAGGGCUACCAGCUGGUCGUCUCCGACCUCUACGAAUCGGACCUCGCAAACAACAGGGGCCCGCUGGGAGACUCCGCCAACUUCUCCUCCCUGAAGCCUAUCGACACCCCCACCGGCGGCCCGGCACUGCCCUCCGUCGUGUCACAGACAUUCAUCGUCGCGGCGCCCGUCAGCGCGCUGACCGUCACGGAGACGAGGCAGGGCAUAGCCACCCGCCAGCUGCUGGCGUACCUGCCCGAGACGCACGCCAUCUACGGCAUCCCGCGCCACGUCCUCGAGCCCCGCCGCGUCGUGGGCCGCGACCCCACCCCGCAGGAGGCAGAGGAGGGUCUCAUGAAGUACCACCCUGCCGUCGAAAUCGACCCCAAGUUCAUCAUCACGCACGAGCGCGACGUCCUCGGCGUCCGGCGCAUCGUCGCCGCGCCUGCCGUCGUGGAGAGCACGAGCCUCGUGCUCGCGUACGGCAUCGACGUGUUCGGCACGCGGGUCGCGCCUAGUUUUGUGUUUGAUAUCCUGGGCAGGGGGUUCAAUAAGAUCUCCCUGCUCGGAACCGUCGUGGCGCUGAUGGCUGGUGUUAUGGUUUUGGGUCCGAUUGUCCGGAGAAAACAGAUCAACAUGCGUUGGAAGCCGACGCAAUAA